GGCUAUCGUAGUCUCAAAGGUGUGGUGUUGAAUUUUGGACCAAUCAGUUGGAAAGGGAGAAGUCAUUGGGUAUAAAUCGCACGCCUGUUUCUUUCAACUCACCUGCCGACCGCUGCGGUCGAUGAUUCAACGAGUCCCGUAACGCUGUUCAGGUAGAUGCAAUCUCGGUGGGCCCGUGAUGGCGAGCGCCUCGUCUUAGCCGAGCCGCAUGCGAGACCCCUCCUCUUCAUGGCCUUCGGGCGACGCCAUGUCCGGCGCCGAAGUCUGCCCCAGCGUGAGCGGCAACCCGGCCCCGCCCGAGGUGCUCAACUCCAAGCGACCGGGGCGCAACACCAACCAGCUGCAGUACCUGCAAAAGUCGGUGCUGAAGGCUCUGUGGCGCCACCAUUUUUCCUGGCCCUUCCGCCAGCCCGUCGACGCCGUCGCGCUGCGUCUUCCCGAUUAUUACACAAUUAUCAAGAAUCCAAUGGACAUGGGCACCAUUAAGCGGCGGCUCGAGAACAAAUAUUACUGGAAAGCGAUGGAAUGCGUUCAAGACUUUCACACAAUGUUUACUAACUGCUACGUGUACAACAAGCCCGGAGACGACAUCGUGUUCAUGGCACAGACACUGGAGAAGCUUUUCCUGCUCGAAGUCUCCAAAAUGCCCAAAGACGAAUGCGAAGUCCUGCAAAGUGCCGCAAAGGAAGCGGCCAAAGGGAAGAAGAGCAGCGCUGGGUCGACGAAUUCAAGACCCGAGGUGGUCCUCCAGCAGACGGUGACGAUCAUCCCAUCGGAUGCUCCUCGGCCGGUCUUGCCCGUGCACAUGUCGGCUCAGCUGGAUGGAAGUGGAAGUGUAAGUGGAAAACUAAAAAAUAUCAAGAGAAAAUUGGAGGUCGUCCCCUCGGCGGUCACCAGCGGUGCCGGCGAAAUGGCGGCAUCGUGCGGGUCAUCCGUGAGGACGGGCAGCGGGCGGCCCAUCAAGGCGCCAAAGAAAGACCUCAGCGACUUGGAGGACAAGCGGCCCAAACUGAGCGAGCCGCUGCGCCACUGCAACGGCAUCUUGAAGGAGAUGCUCUCCAAGAGGCACUACGCCUACGCGUGGCCCUUUUAUACGCCCGUGGACACCGUGGCCCUGGCCCUGCACGACUACCACGACAUCAUCAAGCAGCCCAUGGACCUGAGCACCAUCAAGAAAAAAAUGGAGCAGCGCGAGUACAAAGCCGCGAGGGAGUUUGCUGCCGACGUCAGGCUGAUGUUCUCUAACUGCUACAAGUACAACGCCCCUGCACACGAGGUCGUCUACAUGGGCCGGAAGCUGCAGGAGGUUUUCGAGGCGCGCUACGCUAAAGUUCCGCAGGAGCCGACGCAGGGAUGCGCGGCGGCGCCGCCUCGUCAGCUCGAUAAGCCCAAAGGCGACUGCGUGCCAAGCUGCUCCCCCUCGGCCGCUUCCUCUUCCUCCGAGGGCGAGGGCGAGAGCUCUUCUUCUGACACGGACACUUCGUCAGAGGAGGUCGCCACGCAACUGGCCAACCUGGAGGAGAAGCUGAAAGCGGUGAGUGACCAGCUGAGGAGACUCACGCAGGACCCCCUGAUGAAACCCAAGAAAAAGGACAAGUUGAAGAAGAAAAAAGCCAAAGAAAAGGACAAAUUGGACAAAAACAACCACAACGUGGAGAAAAUCAUCACGAGUUCUGCUUUUCACGGCAACCAGAAAAUGGCGAUCCGGGCCGGGCUGACACCACUGAGCUGCAAGGAGAAGCAGCAGCUCAGGCUGGAUUUGGACGCCCUGCCCGCGGAGAGCCUGGCGAGCGUUUUAAAGGCCUGCGACGCCCCGUCGGCGGACGUGGAGAAACUGAAGACGUCCUCGCAGCGGCGCCUGCAGAGCUUUCUGGUGGGUUGUCAGAGGAAGACGUGCGGCGGCGGGGAAAAGCUGGAGAAACGCGUGGGGGCGACACAUUGGCGGAAGUUGAAGGGCGCGAGGAGACUGGAGGUGCUCUGUCAACGGCCCUCUGAUGCGAAGAAGAAGAAAAAGAAGAAGGCAGCAGGUAAACAAGCUGCAUCUCCCGACUUCGUCUGUUCGCCAGCUCUCAGCAGCAGCAGCUCGCCGUCGUCCGACAGCGGUCGUCCGUCUUCUGCAAUCAAACUCCAGAAGAGUGCGAAAGGCCAAUGUAAAAAGGCUGCCAGUAGCAAGUUGACCCAAUGGGGGCGCUGUGGUAACGCACACGCUCCUGCUGCAGCUGCUGCCGUCACACUAACAAAAACCAAAGUCCACUGGGGGCCUCAAGGCGGGAUGACGCUGCCAGCUCCAGACUUGUCCCCCGCGGUGUCCCCUGAAACUGUGCUUGUCUGGGCCACCUCUGGAUUUCAGGCCCCCUUGCUGUCGCCGCUGAAGGGAGGUCCGCUGCCCAUCAGAGAACACAUCACAUGCGAUUCUAGAUGUCCUCAAGAUGUUCCAGAGAGUCAAGUGGCUGACGUAUCAUCGUCUUCUAACUCUCCCAAUGUGCAAACCCUACAGGAAAAAACACCCAAAAAGGACAUUGUUCUGAAAAACGCCGAGUCGUGGGCCCGACUGGUGAGGCAGUCGGCCGCCGUCCCCGCCGCCAUCAAGUCGUCCAAAGAGAGCUUCCAGCAGUUUCGGAAGGCCGCCAUGGAGAAGGAGGAGCGUGAAAAGGUGCUGAAGAAGAAGAAGCUGACGGACGUGCCGGAAAAGAGCUCCAGCUCAGAUAAAAAUCCGCCGCCGAGCAAAGUGGACCUUUCGUCACCCGGCGCCGCCGUCCCGCUCGCAGAGGAGCCGACGACGUCUCCCCCGGGGACCCCGCUCGGGAGCGCCCAGUCCCCCUCGAGUCGAGCGCGAAUGCUGGCCAGAAAGAAGGAGCAGGAGCGGCGCAGGCGAGAGGCGAUGUUUUGCAUCGACAUGACCAUGCAGCACGACAUCAUGACCACUUUUGAACUCAACCUGGACUAAAAAAAAAAAAAAAACAACAAAAAUGAAAUCACUGUGACUGACUUGAAAAAUGUGAGACGAUGAGUCUCCUCUGAGGACGACUACAUUUUGGGCAAUUGUGUUCAUUUUCACGUCUCAGCAAAGUCCCCAAAUGUGUGCUGUUUAUUCUCUUUAGCGCUUGCUCGCCAUGUUUGUGUUAUUAAAGAAAAAAGAAACAUGCGCAAAUGGAAAAGUAUAGCUAUGCCAGCCGACUUUGUAACUCACUCCCUCCCCUCCCACCAAAAACUGUGAUCUGUGUCAUCGGAUGGUAAAACACUUCCUGUAUGAAUUUCAAAAUCAGACGGCACAGACUUGCAUCCUUACGUGCGCGAUAUGCACCUUUGCCAUUUUAUUUCCAAAGAACGCUUUAUUUUGCAUCCUUUUCCUCAUUCACUGCAUCGGCUCUCUUCUCUCUUUGUUGCUGUCGUUCGCCUUGAAUGCGUUUUGAACAAUGAGAGGCUUGUUUUUGUUUUGUUUUUCCUUUUUUUU